GUGUGCUGCAAACACGUCUCCCCUAUUUAUUCCACUCUCGCUCUUAUCUCUCUUUCACACACACACACACAAAUACACACAGAUAUCAGAUAUGGCGGUAAUAAUCAUCGAUGGCUCAACCGUACGGGACUUCGUCAACAAUGAAACUCAGUUCAAAACCAGCGUUGACGCUCAAUUUGAGGCUCUCGAUGCCAACAACGACGGCGUUCUAUCCAGAUCCGAGAUGCGCAAGGCCUUUGACUCCAUGAGGUUGCUGGACACUCACUUCGGUGUCGACACCGCCAUGCCGCCUGAGGAGCUUACUCGUCUUUACGACUCUGUUUUCUUGAGCUUUGACGAAGACCACAACGGCACUGUUGACCUGGACGAGUUUCGGUCGGAGAUGAAGAAGAUCAUGCUGGCCAUUGCCGAUGGGCUCGGGUCUUCGCCGAUUCAGAUGGCGGUGGAAGACGAUGAUCAGAGUUUUCUGAAAAAGGCCGCUGAUCUGGAGGCAGCGAAGAUCUCUGGGAUUUCUUGAUCGGACGGUGGUAAUUAGCUGUGGUUUUGUUAGAUUGCAUCAAUCUCUUUGUAUUCUACGGUGUUUCUGAAUGUCAAUACUAAUAAAGUCAGAAUAAAGGACGGUUAAGAUUCUAUUGUCUGAUUUUGGCUACAUGUGUAUAUCACGUGUUUACCCAGUUUAUAUAUUUACUUACGCGGCUAA